AUGCAUCCCUCAACCCUCCCACUCCUCCUCUCAGCAACCCUAGCAACCGCACUCCUCAACCUCCGAGCUUCAACUUUCACCCACCUCCUCGGCCGCCAAACCCUCCCACUCACCACAUGUUUCGGUUCCGCCCCCUCUACUGAACUCAAUCCUUGUGAAUAUAUCUGUGGAAAGGGGUCUAGACAAUGCGUGAGUGAGGGAAACUGUUUUAAUCCUAGUAAGGGGGAGACGUGUUGUGAGGAUGGGACGUAUUGUCCGGAAAAGUCUUAUUGUUCUAAUGAAGGGUGUUGCGAUGAAAGUUUGAGUUUGGAGGAAUGUGGUGCUUCAACCUCUGCUAUCAUCGAUCCAGCGCCGACAUCUUACUCCUCCUCGUCGAAGUAUCUUGAGCAGCCAACUCCAUAUUCGUCAGCACCAACUUCUUCAUCUUCAUCGAUAGAUGUGACGAUCUCGCCGACGAUUCCAGCUUAUCCGACUUCAGCUGAGACGAGCGGUACGAAUUCUACGCUCCCGUCGUAUACGCCUGCUCAGCAGACGAGAAAUUCUGGGCUCAGGCGUGAGGUUGCUGGAUGGACGGUUGGCGGGUUGGCGGCGUUGGGGAUGGGGUUCUUUGUUUGA